CAAUAGGGCAAUUAAGUAGAGCUCAAUCAUUCCGGGUCGCGGUGCCGAUAACAGUUCCACUUGUCAAAUACGUAAAGUGGCUUCCGAUUGGUAGAAGGGUGGUACGGCACGUGCCGUUUAUUGGUGCAUCCCGUAAGGCACGCGCCAUACACACGCGGACGACAGUCGUGGGUGCUUUCCAUCGACAGAGGUGUUGGUUCCCUGGGGAGGCCAACCACAUUGCGACACAUUAUGGAAAACAUCGACCUGGCCAACGUUAAUCGGCAGUUCCUCCAGCAACAUCUUCACUUCGACACAUUCCAAGGACAAUCUAGUAUAGGUUCGCCUUAUAGCAGACAUCAGGAUCAAGAAAAUCUACGUCAGAAGCGUAGGAAAAAGAGAUGUAUGCAACAACAGGUGCAGCAAAGAUUGGCCGCUAAUUUAAGGGAAAGAAGGAGGAUGCAAUCUAUUAACGAUGCCUUCGAAGGACUACGCGCUCACAUACCGACUUUACCUUACGAAAAGAGACUAUCUAAAGUCGAUACUUUAAAACUGGCCAUCGGAUAUAUAAGUUUUUUGAGUGAGUUAGUGAAUUCGGGAAGACAUCCCGCCGAUUCCUUGCAGAAUCAGGCAUCCGACCAACCUAAAAAAGUCAUCAUCCAAUGUCAUAGAGGUGGGCCGAACGGUUUUUUGUCACUAGCCGGCCAUUCCUUAUCGUGGUCUAACGAAAAACAGCAGCUACAGAACGGUAACGUGAUGGUUGCCAAAGUUUGGACUCCCGAAGAUCCCAGGAAAGGAGGAGACCUUUCUAGUCCAGAUCCACUAUAGGCUAUCGGACCCGGGUAUAAAUAGGCUAUAUAUAAAUAAAUAAAAACAAAGACCUAGUCAAACAUCGUGCCAUCAAAUUUUAUCGUCUAGUCCUUCGCUGUAUUCUGUAAGUAGCGUGAGAGAAAUAAAAUUUAUUAUUUAUCUGUU